AUGGACGGGCCUGGGCUCCUCAAGCUCCUGUCCGACUCGACAUCGACGCUCUCGUCUUCAUACUCGGAGCUCGGCCAUCCACCUCAAAGACUUGAAGAGGCCAUCGCAGCGCUUCAAGAGACUCUUCAGACCGCCGUCAAGACGCAGCUGGACCGCGUUCAGAAGGAGGUCGAUGAUGCCAAAUACACCCUCGAGCAUGGCCAAAAGCGCAUCGAGAGGAUGAAAUUGGCGCUGGGGGAGAACGAGGCAAGCAGCACAAAGGGAGCCGGGCAGGGAAGGAGAUCAUCCAGAACGCGCACAGCUAAUAGCAAUGACAGGGAGGCCCUCCUCCCACGCGUCGCAGCCACAACGAGCGAGAUCAAUCGACUGCAGAACAUUUACGACUCGCGCACCCACCAAGCAGACAAGCUCACAGCCGAGCUUCGCAGCUUUGAGCCCAUCCUCGGCGACUACGUACCGCAAAUCCGACCUCCCGCCUUAGACGAGGCCGACCUCGCGGCCGCGGAUGCUAGCUUCGCAGAGGGCGAAGUACCCAUGUCCGCCAUGCCCCUCACAUACCUCACGUCCCUCAGCAGUGCGAUCGACAAAUGUGGACACGAGCUUACCCGUAGGAGUGAGGAGCUUCAGACGCACCUCUACGAGAUACUCGGCUUGUGGUCAGAGCUGUGCCUGCCCCCGGACAUGGGUGAGGAGAAUGCCGCCGAAGCUACCUUUGACGCUCUCGUGCUUCGCCAUCUUCGCCUUCAGACCGUGUGGGAGACGGUCGAGCUCGAUGAAGGCGACACAACGCUGGAGUUCCAGGGCACUUUCCUUCCCAUCGAAGGCGGCGAGCAUGACGAAGCUAUGGCUACACCAGACACGCCUUCUCGCUCUGGAGGAUCAGGCUCUGGCACCCUCCAAUCCAUGCGCUCAGCAGAGACUCAUUUCCCUCCUCAUGUCCUCCAGCCUACACCAGACAAUAUUGCAAAAGCCAACGCCAAGCGUCAGGACCUCGAGGAGGAAAAGGCGCGAAGAGAGAUGCGCAUCCAGGAGCUCUACGAUGACCUAUUCCAGCUUUGGGUCAAAUUUGAGGUCCCAGAAGAAGACAUGGAUCGCUUUGUCAUGAGCAACUCCGGGUCGACCAUGGCGGUCAUUCAGACCUAUGAGGGCGAGCUGGAGAAGAUGGUCGAGCUCAAGCAGCAGCAUAUGGCCUUGUUCAUUGGCAAGGUCAGAGAGAGGAUCGAUGAGCUCUGGUCUGAGCUGAGGCUGAGCGCGGAGCAGCGGGAAAUCACUUUCCCGGAAUUCUUUGCAAGGCUCGACGAUGUUGCUUCCGCUGAGCUGGACCACCUGCUGCAGCGCCACGAGGAGCGUGUGGCGGAGCUCGAAGGCGAAGUAGAGCGCAAAGCCCCCUUGCUCAAGCUGGUGGCCAAGUAUCUCGACCUCUGUCAAGAGGAGCGUCAAUUGGAGGAGAGCGCGAAGGACACCUCGCGUCUGAUGAAGGGAGUGCGCGGCGAUCCCGGUAGGCUGCUGAGGGAGGAGAAGAUGAGGAAGAGGGUCAAGGUACAGAAACCCAAGUUGGAGGCAGAGCUGCUGAAGGCUAUCCCCGGGUGGGAGGCAGAGUGCGGGCAAACCUUCACCAUCGAUGGAGAGGCGUACUAUGAGAAGAUUUUGGCCCUCUCUGCUGGCUCGUCAGGCGGGGGGACGGACGCUGCCAAUGGCAAGAAGCGCAGCCGUGUCGCUUCGGUCGCUACUCCCUCAGCUCACAACGGUACUGGUGUCCUGCAACAAUCGGCGCAAGGCAAUCGCAUGGCGCCGACGCCAAUGCGCACCCCAUCAACUGCUCUCAACGGCGCUCGAGGCGGUGUACCAGCAAGCACAGGCGGCCUGGCAGGCAAGAAGCCCCGCCUCGUAACAGCAAGCGCGAGCAAGGGCACACCAGCGCACGUUCCUUCUGCCGCCAACGUAGGUAACUUGCGCGCUCGCGUCGCGCCUACGCCAGGCACAACUAGCAGGCUACCUAGCUCGUCUCGCAUCCCAAUGCCAGGCGUCGGAGCCAACCACCCUCCUUCGAGCCCGCCGAAGAGCCACGCUUCGCAAUUUUCUGGCCGAGCAAAGGUCCCCUCCUCCUCCACCACGUCAUCAUCACAAGCAGCAGCAGCCCUGGCCACCGCCUCUCACUCAGGGUACGCAGCGGGCCACACCUUCCGUCCGCGUCCCUCUCAGCUCGCACCCUUCCCUCCCCCAGCAGGCUCUGGCGCUGGACGUCAACCGCUGCCACGCAACAUGUCUGGGACGAGUAUCGCCUCGGACGCUACGACGCUCUGCUACCCACACGCGCAAGGCGGCGCCGCUUAUGCGCAGGCUAUCCCUUCUCGUCCUCCCCUUUCCCGAGGGACGUCCGCUAGCACUGCGCCCCGACGUAGCGUGAACCACGGUGGAGGCAAGAGCAGGCGGGGACCAAGCAUGUCAUUGGAGGGAGCGCUGGCCAACGGCUUUCAGCCGAGGCUGAGCUCAACGAUCAGGAGCGUGAGCAGCGAGGUCAGAGAGGCAUACGAGGCGCAGGAGGCUGCUGAGGGUGAUGGUGGGGCAGGAGGGAACUGGGCUGUGCUUGAGGAGGAUGAUGAAGGGGAUGCAGUAAGAGGAGGAGGGGAGGAAAUGGAGGUCUUCUAAGAGCGCGGCUGCCUCGAGUCUUCGUCUUCGUCUUCGUCUUCGCCGGCCUGGCACUUGAUACAUACCUCCGGGCUUUGCGCCCUCUUCACCUUUCUGCCCUCCUCUGUACUUGUAUCAUGCCUCUGAAUGCUUCGCACCUC